AUGCUGGAGGGCGCGCUCAAGUCCUGGAUCGUGUACUUCCUGGGCCAGUAUGUGGAGAGCCAGACGGUGAACGUGUCGGCUAAGCUGUGGCAGUCGUCGGAACGGCUCAAGCUCGAGAAUCUGACACUCAGGUCCAGUGUCGUGCCUAGUUGGCUGCCUUUUAGGCUCAAGACGGGCUUUAUCGGGUUAUUCGAAGCAGACUUGCCCAUCUCCGCCAUUUUCGGAAGUGCAUCAGCCAAGAUCAAGUUCCAGGACGUCCUACUGGUCCUUGAACCCCUUAAGCAUGAUGAAGAAGAGCUACAGGACGAGAUUUCGGCUCUGGUGGACCUAAAGAUUAGCAAACUUGAGCAGGACCUGCAGGACCGCUGGAACGGACCGCAAGUACCCGAAUACACUGUACCUCAUGAGAGUGAAGGAUACUUUGGUACUGACGGCUGGAUAGGACGCACCAUGACCAAACUUAUUGACAACCUGCAGGUCGAUAUUAGGAACUUACACAUACGAGUAGAGGGAGUGUGGCUCCCAACAGGGCCCAUGAGGAGUCCUCCGACAUCAAGGACCAGUAAUAAGGAAAAGAAUAGGACGGAUGGGGUAAAAUUCGCAGCAGGAUUCACGCUAGGGGCGCUCUCAGCGGUCACGACGCCUAGUAAUUGGCGAGUUGGAGGCUUUGACGAUCAGAAACAGGACGCUGCACAGGAGAAAAAUCAUUUGGUGUUCAAGUUGAUCAAUGCCAUUGAUCUGUCGGCGUAUGUGGACCCGAAUGCGCUGCAUUUUAUCCACUCCAGAGUCCAUCCGAAGGUGCUGCAGUCGACGCUGUCGAGGUUAAAGGAGAUGGGGUCGAGAUCGGCCAAGGCAGACUGGUGGAAUACAGAGGAAAGCGCGCAUGCACAUAGGUUCUUGGUGGCGCCGAUUAAUGUGGCGCUGAAGCUGACGAUGAACACAGCGGCGCAACAUGCGCAGACGGAAGACCCGCGCUAUAAUGCGGUGUUUCACUUGUCGAGGAUAUGGAUGACACUGGAUGAGGAGCAAUUGUCAGUACUGAAGCUGAUUAUCGACUCAUUCUCUGGGCAUGAAAAGUGGAGAGUUAUGGUAGCAGAACAGGUGAGGGCGUCGGAGCGACAUAUCGCGAGUAACGAGGCCAAGUUGGCCGAGCUGGCGGAGAAUUAUUUUCUGCUGUGGAAGCAGGUGAUAGCGAUGAAAAGCGAAGGGAUGGAUGCGCUGAAGAAGAGCGAGGCAUGGCAUAACGCCACGAGGAUAGAACAGCAGCUGCCGUAUGAAGUGGUGGUGUCGAUACGGAAUCGACUCGGACUAGAUGAUAUCGCAGGCGCAGAAAGGAUAGUACCGUACCCGAGUGCAUUGUAUGGUCUUGGCGAUGCUAUGGGCAUACCGCUCCCAGAGAUCAGCGUGCCAUUUCCUGAAGGACCGACAGGGCUCCUGUUCGAUAUACUGGCGUCAGGUGAUGUGGCGAUCAAGCGCUGCGCCGAGAAGAGUCCCGCUGCGGUGAAAGAAAGUGUGAGGCCGGGAUUGCUGCUGGUCAAAGUGGAUGAUCAACCGCUUCGAUCGGUCUUCAAAUUCAAGUCCGGUUUCGAUGUACAGUUAGCAAUCGACUCCAUGCCCGGAACGAAGGUGCUAACAUUUCGUCACCCUUCCGUGACGCCGCUCGAGGUGACUCCAUCCCGCGCUGUCGCCAAGGUGUCAUUUACCUCGGACCAACUGAAGUUCUGUCUUGUUCGAGCUUUCCAGAAGCGAGUGAUCGCGGAAGUGAUGCUGGAUCACCCUGCGGUUUCGAUCACUGGGUUUGGGCCGAGGUUGUUCUCGUACCACUUUUACGACAUCAAGGUUGAUGACUUUUACGUUCAGAGCAUGUCACGAGAAGCCGACAAAGGCAAUCAUUGUAUUUCUUCCAGUAUCUGUAAACCUGUGGAUGGGUUUAUUGAUGAAAUCGACCAGAGCUCUGCGCUUCGAUUUACUAUGAAUCAUCUCUACGAAGCGCACCCGCACGCUCGUCUCGGUAAAGUUGAUACGUAUGGAUCGAAGAUUUCAUUGGCUAUCGGUAACUCUAUUGCCGUUUUCGACGAACCUAAAAUGACUGCACUACUUGGUGAAUGGCGCGACUGGCUUAGCGCUAUCUCGAGCAACCACACCGAUGGAAUACCCCCAUCCAGCGUCUCUCGGGUGGAUGUCAAUUUAUCUGCAGUACCGCCGUCAAUGACUUCUCAGCUUGUGUCAUCGUACGCAUCGACUAGCCCCUCAAAUAGUGCCCUGGGCGAACCUGCAAGAGUCAACAGCUACUCGUAUGAAGUCAAGGUUGAUCUGCUGCGUUUGUUUGUCAGUGCCCCCGAAGCACCUGCUGCACCCGUGGCGAUCUCCAACGAACCAUCCUAUCGUGCGCUGUUGAAACAGCUUGUUGGCGAUGAACCUAGCGGGGCUCCAGCUAUUCCUGAUUGGGCAAGGGCUGCGCAUGCCAUCGUAGUAAUGCAGCGCUUUAUUCGAGGAGCUAUCGUGCGUAAACGGAAAAUGGUGCGCUUGGCGCUAGCGAGGAACCGCUGGGUAUACUACGAAGGGAGCGAGAUGAUGGGCUGGCUGUACACCAGAGACGACUCGCUUGCUUUCCGACGCUGGCGGCGUUCGUGGUGCCAUCUUGACGACGACGGCAACUUCUCCAUGCACAGUAACGGCUCGGGUGCAGAUGUGCUGGAUGAGUUUAGUCUGCUGGGCUGCAAGGUUAUUAUGCUACCUAAUGCUACUGGAGGGCCGUGGAAGUCUCGGAAGGGCAAAUUGUGCGAGGUUCUAGAAGUUACGACUCGAUCUGGAGCUCUUCGAAAAGUGCUGAGCUCAGACAGCCGGGUGGAGUUGAAGAAGUGGAAGCAGAGUAUUGAAAGCAGUGCAAGGAGGGCGGCGAAGAGAUCCAAUAGUGACGACGUUGAGGUGGAGGAAGCGUUAUAUGACUCGGCCAUUGAAGAAGAUACGUACCCUUUAGAAGACGAGGACACGCCAUUUCGCAAUUUAGAGCAGCGAAAAGGAGUGGCUUUGGACGAACUUCUACUCGGAGGGUUUUCUAGCAUCUAUCGACCGACUGCGACGCUGAAGAAGGAGCAGUCAUCGUGGUUCUCGCUGAGUGUGACCCACGUGACAUUCGUGGUCGAUGUACAUCGCGUCUCGGAGCCUGACCGCUCCGCGUUCGCCUUGUAUCUGGGUUUGAAAGACUUCUCCGUAUUAGAUCAUCGCCAAUCUUCGGAGUACGGUGUGCUGCACGUCGGCGACAAGUUUUUGAGUCUGAAAAAUGGUGAGUUGACCCCUGGAAAGAUGCGAGCGGACCAUCUGAACAAAGGUCCUUUUUUGGUUCUGCGCAUGUCGUACCGUGGAGCGCGUGCUGCACCAAGUUGCUUCGUACUACAAAGCGGACUCCACGCAGACCUCACGAUAUCGGGCUGGGUGAUGCCACUCACUUUGAUGCAAGUCUUAUUCGACAUAAUCGACCCAGCGAGCGCUACUCCUUGGAAGGAGGUGCCUGAGCUUGGAAUUCAGAUUCGUGCUCCAAUCCUGGAGGCGUACCUUGAAGAUUCUCACUGUGUAGCGAAGCUGACGAUCGAGGACAGCUCAUGCUCAUACCGUGCGGACCCCGGGGUAGAAAACUUCAAGCUGCAUCUUGGGCCUACUGCAUUGUUUGUGCUUGCUGAAGACGUCGCGCUUCGGCUGGUGCAAGUGGACAAAUUCUGGCUUAGCUAUGAUCUCCGACUACAUCGACAGACGGACGCACCUAUGGGUGGAUGCGAUCUGUGUGCCGAAGAGUCAGCGAAGAAGCCUGUGUGUCAUCGUUCUGUAAGUAUUUCAAUCGGGCAGGUCAAACUCGAAGCAGAUCGAAGGUUGGAGCUGCUUUUCGCGUUGUUGGAGGCGCUGACACACAGCGAAGUCUCUGCUGAGGCUGAGGGGGACGCUGAGUUUGACAGUGCUAACGAAGAAAAGGCCAUGGACAGCGAUGGCUUUGAGAGAAGAGACUAUGAUGUCAGUUUCCUUGCAGGCGAGCAGAUUUCCCAAACGGAGCGAUUCUCGUCCAUGCAGUUCAAUCUCCAGGACCAGGAUUCGAUCGAUCUGCGGCCUAUGUAUGCAACGGGGUUUGGUCGCCCGUACGCAUCUCCGUCUGGACGUAGUCGAAUGUCCACUGCGACUUCUGCUGGACUAAACUACGGACUGCAGGACACGAGCCAGGAGCGAUCCAAGCGAAAGGCAAAGGUCUCUGCCUUCAUCCCGUUGCUGAACUACCAGAUGCUUGUUGGAAUUAAGAGCGAGUCUUUAGAGCGUCAGAUCUCAGCAAGGAGUAUCUUCCGUACGCGACUGCGGAUGGGAAGAAUUCACGACCGGUUAUCCAUCACGUGCUACUCAGUGGUCUUCGAGGUGAUCAAGAGAAGCUUGUCCGUCGUAUCCUUGGACACCUACAUCCCCGUGAUGAAUUUCUCUGUCAGUGAUAUGAAGAUGCAGUGCAUGACGCGAACGGAGCUUUCGACGGACCACGCAGUGGAUGCUAGCGUGGAAAUAUCAGCUCGUUACUACAACACUUCUUUGGCAGACUGGGAGCCCUUCAUCGAGCCUUGGCGAGCGUACGCGAAGGCACGAAGUGAUGGCGGCGAGGGCGGAACGACUAUGCAGCUGAGUGCACUGCAACGUCUCAAUGUGAACUGCACAGACUCGCUGAUCCGAUUGCUGUCCAGCAUCGCAAAGAACCGUCGAAAGCAAGACUUUAUUGUAGAGAAGCGGACUCUGGCUGCUGUGGCAGCUGAUGGAGAAGCCAAAAAGGAGGACGGUCGUGUGUGCGUGCUGAACAAUCUCGGCGUUCCUAUCCGGCUAGCCAACCUCAACACGUCCCACGCAGGCACACUUCAUGUUGACGUCAGGGACGGCUGGUCCUUCCCAGGGUACGCACGAUUCCACAACGUUCGAGUCUCUGUGGUUUUGUUGCCGUGGUGGCAUCCGCGCGAGAUGCAGCCCGUGGAGAAUUUUCGCCACAAGUUUUCGCUUGCGUACGGUGGAGCCCAGUCAGGCGUCACGCCAAUUCUGAGGAUCGACGUGCUGACAACGGACGAAGGCAAACGUAACUAUGUGUUUGAUCACGUCACGAACAAGUACGUGGAAGUCGAAGAAGACGACGAUGACGAUUUCUUCGACGUGCCUGCUGCACAGCGAAUCACGCCGCCUAAUACGCAGCAAUGUGUGAACCGAGGAGACAGCACGAACACAACCACCUCCCAACGGACGAGGUGGUCGUCGGUGGGAUCGGCAGAGGUUAACCUGGCUGGCAAUGUCAUGGCGUCUCUCGACCCCAAUCGGAUGAAGUUAAACCGAUGGUACCGCCUUCAUGAUUUGCGCGGCAAUGUCACGGGUGAGAUCUUUGUCGGUCUGCACUUUGUACCAGAUGCGAGCAACUCCGUGCACCACAGCAGGAUCAAUGAGCCUCAGCAAGUGAAAGACGGCCAAUUCUUGGUGUUUGAUCCGCUGAAAAUCGUUACGGCGAAUACAAAUGGCCCUGAAGGUCAAUGCAAAGACCACGUCAUGCUCUCGGAUGGCCUGCGCGGGAGUUAUAUCCCCCCGUUGGCUCUGGAAGUCAUUAUUGGCUCAUCGCGAAUGAGCUUGAUGUGCCCACUCCGUCGCGCUGGAAAGUUCCUCAUUCAAGGCGAAAAAGUGCUAGCAGAAGUCAAGGUGGCACAGAGAGACGAGUCUCGUCGCGUCCUGCUUCUAAGCUCACCUGUUCAGCUGAAGAAUGACACCAGUAUUGAUAUGGAGCUGUGGACUUGCCGAACGCGCUUAGCACCUGGCGAGAGUGGUGCCUUACCGAGAACAGGCAAAUCGAUGACGCUGACUACGAGCAACAAGAUGUCGGUCCCGAUUAGCGCAAUGUUCGGUGAAGAAAAGGACUCGAUCGUUGUGAAGGUGGAUGGGUGUAGACCUACUGUUGUGGCAGAUCUGAACAAACUAGCAGCAGGCUCCACGAUCCUGACACUAGAAGCCGAAGACCCAGAAGGCUUAGGUUAUUGUCUGUAUGUAAACAUUACGUCGCACAUGCGUAAGGUGUAUCGGGAAGAACACCAGGGCAUGAUUACCCGUGGAAAUGCGAGCCAAGACGGCGAGUUGCAGACGUACGCGACCAAGUACCAGAUAUCACUGCACUCGUGUCUAAUCUUUGAGAAUACUCUCCCGAUUCGAGUGCAGUACAAGAUCGUGGCCAGUGGAUUAUUGGAGGAAGUGGUCCGAACCGGCACGCUUUCACCUGGCGAAGAAGUUCCUAUCCACGAUUUCCAGUUGGACGCACGAUUGAUGCUGCGGUUACCUGAGAUGGACUCAAUCUGGAGCCGCCCCAUUAAUCUCGGAGACUGUAUCUAUCGAGAAGGCAUGGGCAAGUCGAUUAAGUCGAUGCUCGGAGCUAUCGGUGCAUGGGACCCACUCGUGGAGUUCCUCCCGUCUCCUCAAAGUCCUGGCAUGGCGUUCAAGGAAGGCGAUAUCGCCUCAAACAAGGUCGUCACUCGCAUCGACUAUACAGCAGCAGACGUCGGAAGUCCUCGCAUCGUGUUGUACUGUUCGUUGUGGGUGUAUAACCAGUCGCAUGUGCAGACUCUGCUGUUUCGUUGUGCCGAUAACCCGGAUGCGACUGCUUUGGUGGUGCCUCAAUUGGUUCCUCAGCGACCUGUGCCACGGUUAAUGGAUUGUCCAGGUCAGGCCUUCGAGAUUGGUACCAUUAUUGACACAGAGGUCUCACGCUGGUCGGACAAGAUUCAUUCAACCGUGGUGGGUGUCCAGGAACCUAUCAGUCUCAAGUUUGGCAGCAAAUUGGGUCCGAGAACCCGCAAUGAACUUGGUAUAUCCAUCCAGCGACCACUGGGUCAGUUCCACCGCACGACACAAGUCAUCGUGACGUCGCAUUUUGUGUUUGUAAACAAGACUCAUGCCGCAUUCAAAGUAUCGCAGUACAUGAGGACAAGUGACCGAGUUGUGGAACUGCCUGCCAUGUCGAAGAAAGGAAUUCCAGCCACACACCACUUCGAUUUUGAUGCCACGACGAGCUUAGCGAAUCGACGAGUGUACUUGCGAAUGGACCACCUCGGAGCAGAGUGGAGCGGCCCAUUUGUUGUGGACGAGGAAAACGAGUUUUCGCUCAAACUAAAGGGGUCAGUGAUGGAGUCGUGGCGAGGUGGAAGCAGUCAUUUAUAUCAGCUCGAGGGAUUCCGACGUAGCGCCGCGGAAAUGCACCGUAUCAAGAUCCGGAUCAGCAACAUGGGGCCAAGUAUGGUUGUCACGCUGCUACGAGAUGAUCCACCGAUGUACAUGAUCCGCAACGAGUCCAGUUCGGACGUCUAUGUGAGCCAAGUUCAUUGCUCCGAAGAAACCGUGGUGAUUCGUAGCCGCGAGUUUGUUCCCUUCGCGUGGGUGAAACCCGAUGGACCUUGGCGAGUGGCUUGUCGAACGGGGAGCAUCGUGGGUCGCGUCAAAAUGGCCUCUCGGAACUACGGAGUUUAUGACUUUGCGAACUUGGACCGAGAACGUAAUAUCGACGCCCUGCGCUACCGAAUGUUUGGCAGCAAAUCAAAAACUAUCACUGGGGAUAUUGUUAUGGACCGAGCAUCACGCGUGCUGGUUUUCCGCGACCACGACAAGGACAAACCGCCCAGUUACAUUCUGGAAGUGAAGAUUAUCGCGGCAAGACUUCGAAACGAGUUUUCUCUCAAGCCAGAUUCAACUGCAGAGCUGAUUGCAGAAACGGACAACCACGCUGCAAGAGCGACGGAAUCGAAGGAGCUCAAGACUGCGCACGUGUACCGAUUCGACUCGGAUCUCGAGUUCGCGUGUGAUUCUCGACCCAAAAAGCUGACGCUAAACUUCUACGAGAGUCCAGGAGACCGAGAGGGAAUACUUCGCGACAUGUCCUCUAUAGGUAUCGAUGAUGAAAGCUACUUCAACAGCAAUCGCACCAAUAGGCGUAGAGAAAGCUCUGCAGAGCUUGCGCUGGAGUAUGACGAUUCUGGGAGUCCUCGGACAGGAGAGGACUCCACGUCGUUUGAGAUGAUGCACACGCCUCCUGUCCAACGAGGUCGCCCCCCCGUGUCAGGUAACAUCUCGGACAGUACGUUGUCUCGGAACCAGGCGUUCUAUCGUAACGAUAGCGAUCCCUCGAAUGCAGAGGGACUAAUCCAGCUGAGCGACAUCGAGCGAGUGAGCGAUUCGUACGCCUCCUCAGAGCAGUCCGAUGACUCUGAUCAUCGUAAAAUGGAGCGUGAGUACGGCGCGGCUGGCACUGUGGAGAUCAAGAUCCCGAAGAAAGCCUGGACGCGAAUGGGUGUGGGGGCAAAGCGGUCUAUUGCUCUGUCAUACAACACAGCAGAGCAAGCGCGCCGAUCUCUUGGACGAGUAGAAGGCCACUGGUGGGAAAUGCGAGAGCCAGAAAGUGGCGAUUUGGUGGGCGAAGUGCUCGUGGCGCUGAAGUUCCGCACAUCGGUGCGAGAACAUAUCCAACCGACGGGCAUUUACAACAUGAGUGCGAUUAUCCCGAGCAUCGGUCUGUCGUUUCUUCACAACGCGAACUCCAGCAUGGUGGAAGUGGCGUAUGUUUCCAUGCAGCGUCUUGGUUUGCUGUAUUCAUGUGCGGGUGGCAGCAGCGAGGUGGUGUUUUCACUUGGCAACUUGCAGAUGGACAACCAGAUGGAACGUGAAGUGGUUUUGGGCCCAAAAGUGCAUCAAGUGAAGGAAGGAGUGUCGGUGCGACUGCGUGAUCGCUGGAGGAGCUUCAUGAACUACCGAUAUCGUGGUAUCUUCGAGGAGUUAGACACCAACAGCUUGAGUGUCAUUCAGUUCCGGAUACUGUGGAACUCAAGCUGCCACGCGGGUGAGUUCACGCACUACGAGCUUAUUGAACUGAUUAUGCAAGAGCUGGAGGUGUCGACAGACGAGAAAUUUGUCGUUAAUCUGAUCAGCGUUUUUCAAGGCUUGGAGGGACUUACGAGCCACCACACCUUCGAAGAAAUUCUCAACACACAGCUUGACUACGCAGGUGUUCCUAACAGUGCUAUCGCACCUUCUGUGGGCUCGGACGAGCGAAGUGGUGUCGGUGGAGCUGCCACAAGUGCAACAGGAGCUGAACCCAGCGGCGUUUACAUCGAAGAGCUGUCGAUUGAAGCGAUCCGCAUCAAGUUUACCAUGGAACUCCACGGCGGACGAUACAUUAAGACCCUGGGUCCUUCCGGUCGACGGUUGGCUGUUUACCUCCCCGAGUCUAACGUGAAGGACUUCAGGCUGUACUUGACCAAGCUUUCGUUCACGCACCUUUACGAACCUCAAGCCAGUGUGGUGGAGAAAGUAACGCGACGAUACUCUCAGCAGGCCGUGAUUCUCGUUCUCAGAGGCUUACACACGGUGUCUGUGUACGCGAAUCCGUUCCGUAUUGUCUAUCGAUUGGGACAUGGUGUGGUGGAGCUCGUUCGUUUACCUGCGCGUGGCUUGGCCUCCGGUAGCCCUCUUGAACUCAUUAGUGGCGCAUAUCUCGGUGUCCGAUCAUUGGCGAUGAACACGAUCAGUGCCAGCUACGAGAUUGUAGCGGGAGCGACGGGGAUAUUGGGCGCUAUCUUGACUCCAUUUGUACCUGAAAGUCGACGCAGAGCUUUCGAAGAGGAUCUGGCUGCUUUCCAGCGUGCAGUGAUCGAGGAAGUGGAUGCUUUCGACGCUGCUGAAGAGCGUACGAUGACCAAGUUGAUCGUGCGGAAACCACGCGAGUUCGACCCAAGUGGAGUGGGGCUCCUCACAGUUUAUGGUCCGGGCUCUGUGCCACUGGAGGAGCAGGAACGCAUUGACCACAAGGCCGUUAUACUCUUGCAACUGUGGUGGCGUCGUAGACGUCGAGCUAAGUUGCUCCUAGCCGAGGCACGCCGUCUUCGCCCUGAAGUUGACGAUGAAGGUCGAUCUAACCAGUGUGCGGUGCAGUGA